AUGCAAAACUUCGGCGCUCCACCUCAGAAGCAGGAUGAUGUGGUCUUGGAAGUGGAUCAAAUCAACGAUCCGUUACUACGCGGGACGAGGACUGUGCUAGAAAAAAAAGGAGAACUGUAUGGGGCUCAGUUUUCGCCUCGGCGUCGGUCUUUUCGUAGUCAAGCAAAAGGGGUGGCCGGUAGCGAAACCCAUGCUUUGAGUCUCAAGUUGGCAACGGAUGCUCCGAGCCAAAUUGAACCGGGCUGCGGAUCUGCGUCACACUCUUGCGGGAAGAAGAGGAGUCAGGCUCGUGUUCCGGUUCAGGUUCGGAUUCCGAUUUGGGUUCGGAUGUGGGUUCAGGUUAAGGGAUCUGGUUCAGUUUCUGCAUUCGAUUCGGAUGCGGGCUCGGGUUCAGGUUCGGUUUUGGGUUCCAGUGCCGGUUCCGGUUUGGGCUUAGGGCCGGGAUCGAGGCCGGGCACCGUUGACAAGUCGCCACCCGAUAGAAAUGGAGGCAUUUGCUAUUGA